AUGAAAGCACUCGGGUACCUAUCGUCAAUUAGUGAUUGUGAAUUAAGCACUACGGAUACAAAUGAAAGAAAUAUUUUGAACAAUAAAUUAGCAAAAUGGAUAUCGGUAUACAAAAAAACUAUAUCUGCUUCUACUGUAACAAGUAUUUUUGAUAUUGGUAUAUGUGUGAAACCAAAUUCAACGUUGGCUCCGGAUGCAGCUAUUGUUUUAAAAGACAAGAAGAAUAUCACAGGUGCUAGUCUUGUUAUUGGAAAACUGAAGGAUGUUGAUUUAGUUGCAACAGACACGUGGUUAAUGUUAACCUACAGAAAUGAUCAAAAUGAUAUCGGUAUUUGCAAUAACCAAACGUCUGCAACACUAAUAUUUGUUUGUGGACAAAAUUCGUCAGCUGCCACACCGCUGUUAAAUUAUACGAUGAGUACACCUCGUUGUUCGUAUGUAUUUCAAGUUGAAGUACCCGAACUAUGCCCAAAACAAGCAAAGAAAAAAAUGAGUGCUGGUGCUAUAUUUGUUAUUAUUUUACUCAUCGUAUCAAGUGUUUAUCUUAUUGGUGGACUUCUAUACAUGAAAUUUAUACGUGGAGCAAGAGGUCUCGAACUAAUACCACACCGUGACAUGUGGAUGAAAUUAGGUCAUCUAGCAGCGGAUGGUUGCGAUUUUUGUUGCCGUUGUAAUACGUCGACGCCAAAAGCCGGCUAUUUUUUUGACGACCAUGGAUCUGAUUUACGUGGUGACGAUGAUAUAUUGGCUCCCUAG